AAAUACAAUUGUAACACGCUAUAGAAGCUAGAACAAAAUAGACUGCUAGACUAGUCAACAGUCGGGUAUAUGUUGUUAACUCAGCUGAAGGAGAUUGGACUUACAAACUUUAACGUUCGUCAAACUUAACUAUAUUUCAGUCAAUGCGUUAGUGUUGAUACUAUUACACUUUAACAAUGUCAUCGCCAAUAGAAAUGACUGAAAUGUAUGACAACGCGCUACUUGGAAUCUUACAACACGUUGGAAAUAUACAAGAUUUUCUACAGGUCUACUUCGGAUUUCUUUACCGAAAGACGGACUUCUACCGUCUACUUUCAAAUCCAAAUGACCGUAUGGGCUUUCCUCCUGGUGUAGCAGAGAAAAUGAUCCUCAGAACCUUCAAAACGUUUGAGAAGUUUGCGAUUGCGGACCGAGAGCGAGAGAUGCAGCGCAGGGCACCGGCAGUGAUUCAGGAGCUGGAGGUGCCAUCAGAGCAGGAGGAAGCAGGAGCUGUUGCGGCAGCAGCAGCAUCCUGUAGCGCAGAGGAGACUGCUCCAUCUCCAUCCCCGGCUUCUUCCUCUUCCUCGGCUCCGGCUCCAGUUCAUCUGUCUCCAGGUCCGUCCUCAGCGUCCGCUCAAGCAGCCGGUGCCUCCUCACAGUCCCAGAGCAGCAGUGUUGCCCAGCCCUCAGGGGGUGACCAGGCAGUGGGGUCCUCCGGUGCAGGAGCGACUGCAGCAGAGCCAGGAAAAUCAGAUUUCCAGAGCAACCCUGACAGUUACAACGGGGCAGUGACAGAGAACUACACCUGGUCCCAGGACUACACUGAUGUAGAGAUCAAGGUUCAUGUUCAGCCGAAUAUCCUCAAGGGCAAACAGGUGUCUGUUAACUUUCAGUCAGACAGACUCCGUGUGGCUCUGAAAGAGGGGGCAUCAGAGAGGGUUGUGGUUGAAGGUGCGCUUUGUCACAAGAUCAACAUGGAGACCUCCCUCUGGAGCCUAGAGCCUGGACAGUGCAUUCUGAUCUCGCUCAGUAAGUGCGGAGAGGUGUGGUGGAAUGCCGUGUUGAAGGGUGAAAAGGAGAUCGACAUCAACCAGAUCAACCGCGAGCGCUCCAUGGCAACGGUUGACGAGGAGGAGCAUGCGGUGCUGGAUCGCCUGACGUUCGACUACCACCAGAAACUACAGGGCAAGCCACAGAGCCAUGAGAUGAAAGUCCAUGACAUGCUGAAGAAGGGUUGGGAUGCGGAGGGCUCCCCUUUCAAGGGUCAGCAGUUUGACCCGUCGAUGUUUGACAUCCCUCCCAGCGCUGUCCAGUUCUGAAGUUAAUACAAGCAAACAAUCAAACAAACCUACGUCAGAGGGCGCACACAGAUAUCUGGUGCACACCUUGCUGUGGGCAGAGCUGGAACGUGUCACGGUGGGAAGAUCCAGCUCUUAUUUAAAUGCCAAUAAAAGAAAAGGGAGGCGUGAUUGACAGUUUUGAAACCUGUUUGGCUCUUGUGUAUGCCUCCCUUUUUUUCCCCUUCGUUUUGGGCAUGAUGGCACCUGUCUUUUUUUAGACAAGUAGCAGUUACAAUGAAAUGUUUGCUUUUUUUAUUUGGUCAGUUUUACGUCAUUGAGAGGAAAAUGUCAUGGAAGCUAUGGUUGCAUUGUUGAAAUGGUGGGCAGAUGAUCCCAUUCACAUCAUCUAUUUUUAUUGUAUUUUCCUUUCCCUCUUCACACUACCAACUUUUUUGAUCUGGUGAGGUGGAGGGACUUCUAGUUAUUCAACGUAAUUUCGUUUUCAAGGCCAAACUCAGGACUAUUAAGGUGUUUAUAAUUGCCAGAUCCUGAAGCUACAAGAUUUUGACUGGCCAGAGUUCACUUUUGCUUCCUGUUGACAUUUUUUUUGUUGCUUAUUUGUGUGUGCCAGAUUUCAAUAAAUAUAGGCGUCUGUUUAAUGUGAA